AUGUCCUUCAUCAACCGACUCCUCCAAGCCUCGUCGGCCACCCUUCCCCGCCAAUGCGGUACAGCUGCCUUCCUCUUCGGCACGGGAGACUUCAUCGCCCAAGCAGCAGUCGAGAAGCGUAAGCCCUUCACCUCACAAUACGACUUGGUCCGCACGCUCAGGCUAGGUUUCUACGGUGGAGUCAUCUUCGCACCCGUAACCAGCGUAUGGUUCAAGACGUUGGAGCGAUUCGCGCCGGGAGUGCCAGGGAGCGUGAUCAAUGUGGCGAGCAAGGUAGUGGCAGAUCAGACGCUUGCCGCGCCGACUAUGUUGGGUGUAUUCUUUACGGCUACCACGUUGCUGGGCGGCGGGUCGUUCAAGGACGUGCAGAAGAAGAUUGAUGACAACUACUGGAGCACUCUCAAGGCUUCAUGGGCUCUCUGGAUUCCAGUACAAACAAUCAACAUGGGCUUCGUACCCGUACAACAGCGACUCCUAUUCGUAAACGUCGUCUCCCUGGCUUGGAAUACCUUCCUCGCCGUGGUAGCGGGCAAAGGAGGCAGCAAG